AUUGGAUGUAUCAUAUGUCGUUGGACGGAAUUUUCUUUUUCUGUAUUUGAGUAAAAAUGCCAGUAAAAUGUGGACUUUGCGACAAAAGUGCAAUAUUGAAGCGGCCAAAAACGGGAGAUGCCCUCUGUAAAGAAUGCUUCUACUUUGCGUUUGAGGAGGAAAUUCAUAAGACGAUUAUUGACGCAAAACUUUUCUCUCGCGGAGAGAAAGUCGCAAUAGGUGCCUCUGGAGGCAAAGACUCAACUGUGUUGGCUUAUGUACUGAAGGUCUUGAAUGAGAGAUAUGACUAUGGCUUAGAUCUAUUUCUACUUUCUGUGGAUGAGGGAAUUACAGGCUACAGAGAUGACUCCCUUGAGACUGUGAAGCGCAAUCAACAACAAUAUUCUCUUCCUCUGAAGAUCGUCUCUUACGAGGAGCUGUAUGGAUGGACCAUGGAUGCAAUUGUCAAACAAGUUGGGCUCAAAAAUAACUGUACAUUCUGUGGAGUGUUCCGCCGGCAAGCUUUAGACAGAGGUGCUAUGCUGCUUAACGUUAAUAAGAUUGUGACUGGACAUAACGCUGAUGAUAUUGCAGAAACAGUCAUUAUGAAUGUGUUGAGGGGUGACAUUGCCAGAUUAAGGAGAUGUACAGCAAUUACUACAGGUAUGGAGGGAACACUACCUAGAUGUAAGCCAUUCAAAUACACGUAUGAAAAGGAAAUCGUCAUGUAUGCUUAUUUCAAGAAGCUUGACUAUUUCUCAACUGAGUGUAUCUAUUCUCCACUAGCAUUCAGGGGCCAUGCUAGGACAUACAUCAAAGAUCUGGAAGCCAUCAGGCCUAGCUCAAUCAUUGAUAUAAUCCACUCUGGAGAGAGUUUAUCAAUUAAGAAAGAUGUAAAGAUGCCCACCCAGGGUCUUUGUACAAGAUGUCAGUAUAUAUCAAGUCAUCCUGUAUGUAAAGCUUGUGUUCUCUUAGAAGGUCUCAACAAAGGUCUACCAAAACUAGGGAUAGGAAAACCUCACAAGAUUAGAAAGCAAGCUGCAGAAGAGGAGAGCAGAAAAGCCACACAAUCACAAAUAGACAGUGUUGAAGGGGUCCACAAUCAUGAUAACCCAUCAGAUUCAAACAUUCAAGGGGCCUGCAAGUCAUGUAAUUGUACAAAGGCGACACUAGUGGAUGGAUUGGAAACUAAGAAAAUGGAAGGACAAAUUGAGUCAAAUAAAACAAGGACUAGUAUUUUAACUAACUCUACAACAAAGGAUAUAGACUUUUAGGUGUGAAAGUAAAGAAGUAAAGAAAUAGUUAUCCCAAGUUGAUAUG